CCUACCGGUUGAUUAUUGUGUUGUGCGAAAGUGCAACUGCGCCACCAGACUACCGCCUUCAAAGUAUUUUGACUCACCUCUGCUCGUUCGCGCCAUCGCAUCUACAGUAUUUACGUUAUUGAGAAGUGACAGUCUCGCAAUGGUCGAGUUGAGGAAGCGUAAAGCGCCAGCGCAACCCCUCGAAACGGAACAGAAGAGCAAGCGCAUCCUCGAGCUCGGCUCAGCGUCGAAGAGAGGGCCUAAAGAAGUCAAGGCUGGCGACUCUCUUGCCGACGCAUCUGGCGACGCUCACUAUGAAACCCCGAAAUCUGGAGAGAUGCUCGAUCUGAACAAAUUUGGUGGUGAAUUCGAAAAUCAUGAUGGGAUGAAACUCAGAUUGAAGGAUCUCGUCGACAGGAGCAAGUCCGGUGUUGUGUUAUUCACAUAUCCCAGAGCGUCUACCCCUGGAUGUACCAAGCAAGCCUGUCUUUUCCGCGACAAUUAUGAAUCCCUAACUUCAAGUGGGUUGUCUAUAUACGGUCUUUCAGCGGAUUCGCCCAGAGCAAAUACCACUUUCAAGACUAAGCAGAAGUUGCCCUUUCCCCUCCUGUGUGAUUCCUCCUAUACACUUAUAGCUGCUCUUGGAUUCAAGAAAAUGCCAAAAGGAACAACAAGGGGGGUUUUCGCUAUAAACAAGCAGGGUAAAGUCCUUCUACGUCAAAAGGGUGGUCCUGAUGCAACAUUCGAGGCUGCGCGACAAGUCGCUAUUGCCUCAAAAGAAGAGAAACAGGAAAGUCCUUAGAGCUGCACAUUCUCUCGUGGAUCUGCCACAACAGAAGGAGAGAGACAUGGAUUUAUUAGAC